UUCAAUCAUAUCCAUUGCAGUGCUGGAGGUCUCGUUACGGCAGUCUGUCCGGUUGUUAUCAAAGGCAGCGGCUUAUGGGUUGGCUGGGCAGGCAUACAUCUGGAGGAUCCCAAUGAGGCGAUACCCGAAUCGAAUCCCUACGAUCAGACGCCAACAGCGGGCCUGAAGUCCGACCAAGUGGUGUCGGUGAACAUCGAUUCCAAGAUCUUUGACAGCUACUACAAUGGCUGCUGCAACAAGAUGUUCUGGCCACUCUUCCACUCGAUGCCGGGACGUGCGAACUUCGGGGGCGAGCACUGGAACGACUAUGUGGCCGUGAACAAGCACUUCGCCGUGCGAACCAUCGAGGCGCUGGAGAAGUGUCUGGCCAAGAACAACGGAAGCGAGAAGAAUCCACCAAUCGUCUGGAUACACGACUAUCAUCUGAUGUUGGCCGCCAAUUGGGUGCGUGAGCAUGCCGAGGAGAAGAAUCUGCCCUGUCGAUUGGCCUUCUUCCUGCACAUACCCUUCCCACCAUGGGACAUCUUCCGUCUGCUGCCCUGGUCCGAUGAGAUACUGCAGGGCAUGCUCGGCUGCGAUCUGGUUGGUUUCCACAUCCAGGACUACUGCCUCAACUUUGUGGAUUGCUGCCAACGCAAUCUGGGCUGUCGUGUGGAUCGCAACAACCUGCUGGUGGAGCAUGGCGGUCGCACUGUGCGCAUCCGUCCACUGCCUAUUGGUAUACCUUACGAGCGCUUUGUCAAUCUUGCCCAGAAUGCACCCAAGGUGCUGAAAACCUCCAAGCAACAGAUUAUUCUCGGCGUCGAUCGGUUGGACUACACCAAAGGCCUGGUGCAUCGUCUGAUGGCGUUCGAGGCGCUGCUGCUCAAGUAUCCACAGCACAAGGAGAAGGUCAGCUUGCUGCAGAUCUCUGUGCCCUCUCGCACAGACGUCAAGGAAUACCGUGAGCUGAAGGAGGAAGUGGACCAACUAGUCGGACGCAUCAAUGGCCGUUUCACCACUGCCAACUGGGCGCCUAUUCGAUACAUCUACGACUAUGUGAGCCAGGACGAGCUGGCCGCCUUAUAUCGCGAUGCCGCUGUCUGCCUGGUCACCCCGUUGCGCGAUGGCAUGAAUCUGGUGGCCAAGGAGUUUGUCGCUUGCCAGAUUAACGAAGUGCCCGGCGUGCUGGUCAUUUCGCCGUUUGCCGGCGCCGGUGAAAUGAUGCACGAGGCGUUGCUCUGCAAUCCGUACGAGGUGAACGAAGCCGCUGAGGUGAUUCAUCGUGCCUUGACCAUGCCCGAGGAUGAGCGAGUGCUGCGUAUGGCGCGUCUACGUCGUCGAGAGGCCGAAUGCGAUGUCAGCCACUGGAUGCGCUGCUUCCUGAAGGCCGUGGGUGCUCUGGAAAUGGACGACGUGGGCACCACCAUUAUGCAGCCCGUCUCCGUGGACGACUUCGAUGACUACUUACUCAAAUACAUCGGCUACAAUCACAAGCUUGCCCUGUUGCUGGACUACGAUGGUACUCUGGCGCCCAUUGCUCCUCAUCCAGAUUUGGCCACGCUUUCGCCUGAGAUUAAGAAUGUGCUGUUCAAGCUGUCUAAUCACUCGGAUGUCUACGUGGCCGUCAUCUCUGGACGCAACGUCGAUAAUGUCAAGAAAAUGGUGGGCAUCGAAGGCAUCACCUAUGCGGGCAAUCACGGUCUAGAGAUUCUGCAUCCCGAUGGCAGUAAAUUUGUCCAUCCCAUGCCAAUUGAGUAUGAGGACAAGGUGAGUCUAUUGCUCAAGGCGCUGCAGGAUUCGGUGUGCCGCGAUGGCGCCUGGGUGGAGAACAAAGGCUCGCUGCUUACCUUCCAUUACCGCGAGACACCCACCCAGCUGCGCGCGGACAUGGUCGACAAGGCGCGCAGCCUGAUCGAGAAAUAUGGAUUUAGGGCGACGGAAGCGCAUUGCGCGCUCGAGGCACGUCCACCUGUGCAGUGGAACAAGGGUCGGGCUUCCAUCUACAUAUUGCGUACGUCCUUUGGCGUCGACUGGAACGAACGCAUCAAGAUUAUCUACGUGGGCGACGACAAUACAGAUGAGGAUGCCAUGGUGGCUCUGAAGGGUAUGGCACGCACGUUCCGUGUCACCUCAUCGGAUAUUGUGAAGACAGCUGCCGAUCAUCGCUUGCCCUCGACUGACUCCGUCUACACGCUGCUCAAGUGGGUGGAACGGCACUUUAUGGGCCGCAAGGCGCGUGCCAAUUCGUUAACGUAUCGCCCCACUAGAGGCGAUGGCGUCCAAAUGCAAAUGUCUCUCGAGGUAGCCACGUCAGCUAACAGUUUGGACGUUUAACCAAAACA